AAAAUAGGGAGUGGCAUCAGAGUUCAAGUGAAUUAAUACAGUUCAGUCUUUUGCUUCAAACUGUCACCACUAACACCAGACUUUUUCAGUUGUCCUUUUUACAUCUUUUUUUCCCUCAGUUCAGGAAAUAGAGUUGCUUCAUAAGAAGAAUCGUAACUAUGGAUGCUAUACAAGCUGCAAAUACAGCUUUUUCAGUUGAUCUAUUCAAAAAACUAUGUGAACUGGACAAAAAUGCCAAUUUUAUUUUUACUCCACUUUCCACAUCAACUUCUCUUGCUCUAGCAUAUAAAGCAGCUAAUGGUGACACAGCAACCCAGAUAAAACAGGGGCUCCAUCUAGAAGAUGUCAAAGAUAUUCCAUUUGGAUUCCAGACAAUUACCUCUGAUGCUUCCAAACUUAGCGCAUUUUAUUCAUUAAAAAUGGUUAAGCGGCUUUAUGUAGAAAAAUCCCUUAAUCCUAAUGUGGAAUUCAUCAAUUCUGUCAAAAGGCCCUUCCCAUCAGAAUUUGAAGUUGUAGAUUUUAAAGAAAAGCCAGAAGACACCAGGCUGCAGAUCAACAAAUCUGUUUCUGACCUUACUGAUGGUAAAAUGGAGAACAUUUUGAUUGAGGAGAGUGUCAAUGAUGAGACCAAGAUAAUCCUGUUAAACGCAGCCUAUUUUAUAACAAACUGGAUGAAGAAAUUUCCUGAGGCACAAACCAAAGAAUGCCCAUUCAGAAUAAGCAAGACGGAAACCAAACCUGUACAGAUGAUGAACUUGGAAGCUACAUUAUGCUUGGGCUACAUAAAUGAUAUAAAAACCAAGAUUCUGGAACUCCCAUGUCAUAAUAAACAUAUAAGCAUGCUUAUCUUACUACCUAAAGAUCUAGAGGAUGAUACAACUGGAUUGGAACAGCUUGAGAAGGAGAUCACCCCAGAGAAGCUGGUACAGUGGACCAAUCCUAGUGUGAUGGCAAACAGUAGAGUUAAUGUGUUCCUCCCCAAAUUUAAAGUGGAAAGUGAAUAUGACUUCAAACCCAUUUUAGAAAGCCUUGGUAUGACUCAUAUGUUUGAUGAGAAUGCAUCAGAUUUCUCUGGAAUGUCAGAGUCAAAAGGCAUUGUUCUUUCCAAGAUCGUUCACAAAGUGUUUCUGGAAGUAAUUGAAGAAGGAGCAGAAUCUCGAGACGUUCCUGGAUACCGGAUCCUACAGCACAAAGAUGAAUUUAAUGCAGAUCAUCCUUUUCUUUUCUUCUUUAAGCACAACAAAAGUCGCAGUAUUGUAUUUGCUGGUAGAUUCUGUUCUCCUUAAACGGAAUUGCCUAUAAAGAAACCUGUUAUCAAUAUUUUCUGAGUAUGAAAUAUUCAAAGGUAAUCUACACAGUUUCUCUUGUUAAUUGAGUCGAAUAACUUCCUGUUCAAAUGAAUUUACAGAGGAGUGGCCAUAUCAGUUAGUUGUAGC